AUGUCUUCCUUCUUGCCCGACCAGAUCGCUGCGGCUGUGCCGUCCGUGGCGGCCCUUACCCGUUCUCCAAAAGUACAGGCCGGCGUCGCAGCCCUCGCCGUCUUGGGGACUCUAUCGCAGCUCAAUGAAUGGCUCUCCCGGAGAAAGACCAACAACUUUCUGACUGACAAGUCGUGGGACUGGUCAAAAGAAAUCGUCGUCGUGACCGGCGGCAGCAGCGGAAUCGGAGCCACUAUUGUCGAGAAGCUUCAGCACCGGGGCAUCAAGAUCAUUGUCCUUGAUAUCAACAAGCCUUCGAAAGAAUUCGGCAAGAACACGUCAUUUUACCAGGUUGACCUCAGCGACGCCCUCGCGACAGCCUCAGUGGCCGACCGUAUCUGCCAUGACCACGGCGAUCCGACAGUGCUGGUUAACAACGCCGGCAUAGGCCACGGCACAUCGAUCCUCUCCACUUCAGAGGCGACGCUACAAAGGUGCUUUGGCAUCAAUUUGUUCGCCCCGUACCGCCUCAUCCAGCAAUUCCUACCCGCCAUGGUGCGACGCAACCACGGCCACAUCGUCAAUGUGGGCAGCAUGGCCUCGUUCACCACGCAGGUUUUGAACGUCGACUACGGCAUGACCAAGAGUGGAGUACUUGCCCUACACGAGGGUCUAAAGCAAGAGCUUCUUCACAUCUAUAACGCGCCCGCUGUGCGAGCCACUGUCGUGCACCCUUCGUGGGUCCGCACGCCCAUGGCAGAAGCGAUGAUAAAGACCAACAAACUCCCAGGGGCUUAUGUCACAGCAGACGACGUCGCCGGCGCCAUCACGCGUCAGCUCUUCUCAGGCUACGGCGCGCAGAUCGUGGUUCCAGAUAGCGGCUGGUGGAUCUCAAUGAUGCGCGGGCUCCCGAUCUGGAUCUAGGAAAGGAUGCGCGACAAUGUAUCGAAGGGCUUCCUGGCUGCAUCAAAGGAGAUCGCUUAAGCUACGUCCGGUACGCGAGGGCCCACCGUGGAGGCUGGCCAGUUUACCAUAAUCAAGGUGCUUUCAUUUGAGCGAUCGUGCUAUAGG